CGCUACACAACUACUCUUUCUCUUUCUUUCUCUUUCUUUCUCUCUCUCUAUAAUAAGUCUCUUCUCUUCUCUUCUUAGUCAUGGAAAAUCAAAACCGCCGUGAAUUCACAUUCUUAGGCUCCGGUGGUGGUGGCAGCGGCGGCAACAACAACGACUUUCUCCGCGGUGGCCCCCAUACCAAGUCGAUGAUGAUCAAAGAAGUGGAUUUCUUUUCCAAUAGUACUAGUGAGAGUGCUAGAAACAAUAACAACAAGCCACAUGAGCUCCAUGAUGAUGAGACUGCAGUCAAGGAUAUUGGAUCAUCGACUCAUCAAGUAUCCGAUCCUGCAGGUGUCAACACGGGAUUAAAUCUGCAUACUCCAAGUUCUGGGAUGUUAAAAUCAGCAUAUGAUCAACAAAAAUCCAAUAUUGAGCUGAUUAGGCUUCGAGGGGAGUUGGAUAGACUACACGAUGAAAAUGGGAAAUUAAGAGGCAUGUUGGAUCAGAUCACCAAAAAUUACAGCGAAUUGCAAGGUCAGCUGCUCAUGGCAAUGCAAAAACAGGUUCAAGAAUAUCAUCAAGGACAGAAGGUUGAGCCGAAUGGUAUGUCAAGUCAAACGAUUUCUGCCCAACAAAUUAUGGACCCGCGACCCUUAACUGCAUUAGAUGUCAAUGAUCCUUCGGUUUCUGAUGAUAAUAAGACACAAGAGCUAUCAGUUUCUUUAUCAAACACAAUGGAAGUGAUGUCUAAGGAACGUGAUCGGCAUAUGACAAAAUUCCCUAGGAAGCAGACUUGCACUGAGGAUGGGCUUGAUCAGUCUUCUCAGAGUUGGGGAUCUCCUAAAAGUCCCAAGUUGGAUGAAGCCAAAGGUGAAGAACAAGCUCCUGAAGUUCCAUUUAGGAAAGCCAGGGUGUCUGUACGCGCCAGAUCAGAUGCUCCUCUGAUUAGUGAUGGAUGUCAGUGGAGGAAAUAUGGUCAAAAGAUGGCCAAGGGUAAUCCUUGUCCACGUGCCUACUAUCGCUGCACUAUGGCCGCUGGAUGCCCAGUUCGUAAACAGGUGCAAAGAUGUGCGGAGGACAAGACCAUUUUAACUACAACAUAUGAAGGUAAUCACAACCAUCCUCUUCCUCCAGCAGCUACAGCAAUGGCUAAUACAACAUCAGCAGCAGCAGCUAUGUUGCUUUCAGGCUCAACCACAAGCAAGGAGACUCUAACAAGUUCUGGCUUUUUCCCAUCAUCUAUGCCCUAUGUGUCAACCAUGGCAACCCUAUCAGCCUCGGCACCAUUUCCCACUAUCACACUAGAUUUGACACAAAGCCCCAGCUGCAACCCCAUGCAAUUAUUGCAUCGUAUCCCAUCUCCCUCAGCUACAUUCCCUUUGCCAUUGCAUGGGGUUCCACCACAGCUACUAGGGCACCCUAUGUACUUCCCUCCUAAGCUCCCAGCACCACAAGUGUUAGGCCAACGUCACAGUCAAACUUCUAUGGUUGAGACUGUUACUGCAGCCAUUGCUUCUGACCCAAACUUCACUGCAGCACUAGCUGCAGCCAUCUCAACGAUUAUGAGAGCACCUAGGAGCAAUGAUGGAAGCACAAACCCCACUAAUGGAGUACCAGCUGGAUUGCCUGGUUCCCCACAGCUUCCUCAAUCUUGCACUACAUUUUCCACCAACUGAUUAACCUGGGCUUUGAGAAUUAAGAGAUGUUUAUAGCAAGCCACUAGUUAUUGCUGUACACGAAGAUGAGAUCAUUUGGGGUGCGCUUUGAUUUGUUUCCAGCUUUUUGGCUUCAAGGCAUACACAGAAACACCAUUGAUUCGGAUCAACUACGUCUUCGAUGGACGGUUUGGGUACUUGGCUUGGAGAUAAUCUUAAACAUAUCUAAGCCAAUAUUAGAAAUGGAAAUACAAGAAAAGAAAACCCAUCUACUAUACUUUUUUAUAUAGAAUCCUCAAUUUAUUAUAUUGUUGAUACUACUAUGUUAUCAGUGCAGUAGUAAAUAUUACGAUCUUGUCAUCUGUUACUUUUUUUUUUUUUGAGAGAGUUGUCAUCUGUUACUUAAUGUGGUUAGAUUUGGGAAAGCUUAGAGUGGGGUGUACGAGAUGAGUUUGUCAUAUGCUUGAGACGAGAAAAAUACCUUGUAAAUAAAUUAAAUUUGAUAAGAAAGAAACAUAAAUUAUUAUGAA